GGAGUGCAGGUUUGUACUGUAGGUAGUCAUGUCAUGUCAUUGGCAAUUGGUAUGUUUUGCAAAAGUUGCCAAAAUAUCAUAUAAGAUAGUCGUAACUUGCUAAAACGACAACUCCAACUUCUCAGCUCGAUUUAUUAGAUUUAUUGUCGAUGCUAAGACGUCCAAAACUUCCCGACCGGAAAUGGUCGAGCGGAGCGUGCCGGAAACGCGAACAAACAUCCCAACUUGGCGAAAAAAAAAAACAAAACAAAUGCAAUGCGCUUUGGAGCGUCAUUCGCGUGUUUAUUAUUAGCGGUGCAUAAACAAGGUUACAUGGGCCCGUAUCGAUGCGUUUAAAAAGCUAACCCGUCCUGCAAGAAAAGGACGGGAGUUGAGCACGUGGGAAGUGGAUUCCGAACGCACGCACCCCCUCCCGCGCUCGCGCCCCCUCUCCACAAGGCGCCGCGCGCAGUCAGUCGCGCGCCGACCGUGGAAUCGGCAACACGUACCAAAAUUUCGCGCCAGUGUGUACAGCAACCGCCCUAACAUUGUGCAGUGACCAAGUGGGAACGUUGUGAUUUGUUGUGUGACGUAUAGUUAGUGAGACAGUGUUGUGCACUAUGCGGCUGUGCGCCAAGUUAUGAAUGGUCUGGAUAAGUGCUUCUUCGAUCAACGUGAGUCUCAGCAACAUGGGGAUGACUGCAGCUACAGUUAUAUAAUUGCAACUCCUCAACGGAGAUGAUCUGACGGUGAAGGCCUGGGCCGGCUCCACCCGUACGGCUCGGGCAGCGGCAGCGGCUCCAGCUGCGGCAGCGGGCGGCGCGCGCGCAGCCGAGGGCUGUCCGACUCGCCCGCGCCCACCACGCCCACCUCCACCGACAACGGCUCCGACGCCACGCUCACGGACUCGGAGCUGCCCACGGCGAGGGACUCCACUCUGCUUGUGCACAACGGCAUGCUGAGAUCUACAUACGACCGCUCAGACCACGAACGCUGCUUGCUGGACGGAACGCGCCCGCCACCUGAUGUGCCACCGCGCAACCCGACCAUGUCACGACUGAACGGCCGCAUCACCGGCAACCCCGCCGACUUGGCCGACUUCGAGCCCUCGUGUCUCGUGCGCACGCCCUCUGGCAACUUCUACGUGCCUUCAGGCGACAUACAGAAGAAUCCAUCGAUGGAUUACAAAUCAAACUCCUCGUGUAGUAGUCCAGGCAAGGACAAGAGCACCCUCGAGAGGAUGGACCGUAACGAGCGGCACCCCGCCUUCGGGGCGCCGGUACCGGUGCUCCCCGUCAGGAAUAACCUGCGGGCGACCCACUUCCCCCCGGCUGCCUCGCGGUUCCACUUUAGGAAAGGCCUCUCUUCUAGAUGUUCCUGGAAGUGUACUGCUGUAGUGUUCAUAGUGUUGUUCGUUCUUCUUUUAGCAAUUGCGUCUUAUACAUCAGCAUCAUACUUCGUAACCUCAUAUCAUAACGCGAACCCAUGUUCAGUGGUCGUUGGUGAGUCCACUGAGGUGUUUCCGGCGUCGAAAGCGACGACGCUGGAGUCCAACAAGUCUCUAGCACGACCGCAUCAGACGCCGGCCACUGGCUCAGUGAAAGUACCUACAGAUGGCGAAAGCAAUGAGUUACCAAGUGUUCGCAUAACUCCCGUAGAUGUGGCACCAACCGAAUCGACUUUCAACAACCCGAGAACAAUAGAAUCAACAUUGAAACCAGUGACAUCAGCACCACCUAAAACUAUUUUUGAAGGAGGAACUUGUGAAUGCACUUGUCCGGUUUGCGAUGGGUCCGGAGACGGCUCAUAUGACGAUUAUUAUGAUAAACCGACUACGGAUAAGUCAGUAUUCGAAGAGACUUCAAAAACUACAGAUAUCUUCUCAACCUUAAAUUAUAAUACGACCGAAGCGACUACAGAAGGUGCAACGUCAACCUAUGAAACAACCAGCGAAGAGGCAUCAACGCUGACUGACUUGACUGACUCCACAACUGACCUCACCACGGAAACAGCAACCGAAUGCCCGACCACCACUGAAGCACCGAAAUGUGUAUGUCCAAAGGUUACUCCACCACCCAUACUUAUCUUGGAAGGUGCGCGAACAUUCCCCGCACAGUCGUUCCCGCCAGACGGGACGACAUUCAAACAAAUUAACUUAGGUGAAAAAUUAUCAGAAGAAAUCCCUCCAUAUAGUUACUGGAAUAUGCAGUUUUAUCAGUCAGAAGCUUCUUACGUCAAGUUCGACUACAUGAUACCUCGGGGAGCUUCAAUUGGCGUGUAUGCGAGGCGAAAUGCUUUGCCCACUCAUACGCAAUACCACUUCCUUGAAGUCCUUAGCGGUUUCAAGGCGAGAUCCACGAGAGCUUCACAUCCAUCCGUAAAGAAAGAAGUAACGCAUUACAUGGAGCAAGGCCACUGGUUCCUAUCGCUUUACAACGACGACGGCGAUCCCAGGGAAAUAUCCUUCAUCGCGGCGGUGGCUGAAGACAUGACCCAUAAUUGCCCUAACGGCUGCUCAGGCAAGGGUGAGUGCCUUAUGGGCCAUUGCCAAUGUCAGCCAGGAUUUGGAGGAGACGACUGUAGCGAGAGUGUAUGUCCAGUUCUAUGCAGUCAACGCGGCGAAUACAUCAACGGUGAAUGCCAGUGCAACCCCGGCUGGAAGGGCAAAGAGUGCUCCCUCCGACACGACGAGUGCGAAGUGCCCGACUGCAACGGCCACGGCCACUGCGUGAACGGGAAGUGUUCUUGUGUGAGGGGAUACAAGGGGAAAUUCUGCGCCGAAGUCGACUGCCCACACCCGACCUGCUCGGGCCAUGGGUUCUGCAUCGAAGGGGCCUGUGUCUGCAAGAAAGGGUGGAAAGGACUGGACUGUGCGACUAUGGACAAGGACGCGCUUCAGUGUCUGCCGGACUGCUCUGGCCAUGGGACCUUUGAUGUUGACACGCAAACUUGUACGUGCCAUGCUAGGUGGUCGGGCGAGGACUGCUCCAAAGAGGUGUGCGACCUCGACUGCGGCCCGCACGGCAGAUGUGUGGGAGAGUCAUGUGUCUGUGACCCCGGCUGGACCGGCGAAUUCUGCACGUCUAAACUCUGCGAUGCGCGCUGCAGCGACCACGGACAAUGCAAGAAUGGAACCUGCCUCUGCGUGUCUGGCUGGAACGGGAGACAUUGCACGCUGGAGGGCUGUCCACGAGGCUGUGCCGGCCACGGCCAGUGCCGAGUGGCCAAUGAUGGCCACUGGGAGUGCAAAUGUUUCGACGGCUGGGACGGUCCCGACUGCACAACGCUGAAAGAGCAGAUUUGUGAUGAUGGAAAGGAUAAUGAUAAAGAUGGCCUUGUGGACUGCGAAGACCCGGAAUGCUGUCAAUCCGUCGCCUGCAAGGGAAGCCAGCUCUGCGUGUCGUCUCCCAAGCCCACCGACAUCCUGCUGCGGAAGCAGCCGCCCGCCAUCACGGCUUCCUUCUUCGAGAGGAUGAAGUUCCUCAUCGACGAAGGUAGUCUGCAGAACUAUGCCAAACAGGAGACCUUUAAUGAGAGUAUGUUUUGGAAUCACUUCAAUACGAGCCGUUCAGCGGUGAUCCGAGGCCGUGUGGUCACCUCGUUGGGCUCCGGGCUGGUGGGCGUGAGGGUGUCCACGUCCACGCCGCUGGAGGGCUUCACGCUCACGCGGGACGACGGCUGGUUCGACCUGCUCGUGAACGGCGGUGGCGCGGUCACCCUACACUUUGGACGGGCGCCGUUCAAGCGCUCUUCGCAAGUUGUCUUCGUGCCUUGGAAUGAGGUUGUGAUAAUCGACUCGGUGGUGAUGACGACGGCGGACGAGAAGGGCGGGUCGGGCCCGCCGCAGGCGUGCCUGGCGCACGACUACGACGCCAUGAAGCCCGUGGUGCUCGCCACGUGGAAGCACGGCUUCCAGGGCGCCUGUCCCGACAAGAGCGCCAUACUCGCCGAGUCACAGGUCGUUCAAGAAAGUCUCCAAAUCCCCGGCACAGGCUUAAACCUGGUAUACCACAGCUCUCGGGCUGCUGGCUAUUUAUCCACCAUCCAACUUCAGUUGACGCCCGAAAAAGUACCCCCAACUUUAGCCCUCAUCCAUCUGAGAAUCACGAUCGAGGGCAUCCUGUUCGAAAAGACGUUCGAAGCCGAUCCCGUCAUCAAAUUCACGUAUCCGUGGAACCGGCUAAACGUGUAUCGACAAAGAGUGUAUGGAGUCACCACGGCGCUGGUGAAAGUUGGCUACCAAUACACAGAUUGCAAGGACAUCAUCUGGAACGUGCAAACGACGAAACUGAGCGGGCACGAUAUGAGCAUAUCUGACGUCGGCGGCUGGAAUCUCGAUAUUCAUCACAGAUACAACUUCCAUGAAGGUAUCCUGCAGAAGGGCGACGGCACGAACACGUACCUGAAGCACAAGCCGCGGCUGAUCAUCACGGCCAUGGGCGACGGGCGGCAGCGCGGGCUGGAGUGCGCGGAGUGCUGGGGCGCGGCGCGGCGGCAGCGCCUGCUGGCGCCCGUGGCGCUGGCGGCCGACCCUGCCGGCGCGCUGUACGUCGGCGACUUCAACCUCGUGCGCAAGAUCAAGCCCGACGGCGAGGUCGUGACCCUCGUCAAACUCAACGCCACUCGAGUUUCCUACCGGUACCACAUGGCCCUGUCCCCGCUCGACGGCACGCUGUACAUCUCCGACCCCGAAUCCCAUCAGAUCAUUAAAGUCCGCAACACCGAGGACUACAGCGACCCCGAGCACAACUGGGAGACGGUGGUCGGCUCCGGCGAGAGAUGUCUGCCUGGAGACGAGGCCCACUGCGGCGACGGUGCUCUAGCCCGAGAUGCCAAGCUGGCCUACCCGAAAGGAGUGGCGGUAUCCAUUGACAACGUCCUAUACUUCGCCGACGGAACUAACAUUCGCAUGGUCGACAGAGAUGGCAUCAUCACUACGGUCAUCGGCAAUCACAUGCACAGAGCGCACUGGAAACCGAUCCCUUGCGAAGGAACCUUAAGCGUAGAGGAAGUCCAUCUGAGGUGGCCUACAGAACUCGCCAUCAAUCCUUUGGACAACAGCCUCCAUAUUAUCGACGAUCAUAUGAUUCUACAGAUGGCUCCGGAUGGCAGGGUUAAAGUGAUCGCUGGACGUCCCCUGCACUGCCCAUCGCCGUUGACCGGCUACGAUAUGGAACUGGCGACUUAUGCUACUUUGGUGAUGCCGCAGAGCAUUGCCUUUGGAGCUGCCGGUGACUUGUACGUAGCUGAAAGUGAUUCUCAGAGAAUAAAUAGAGUGCGUCUGAUAACUACUGAUGGCAAAAUCUCCCUUUAUGCUGGCGCGGAAUCUAAGUGCAACUGUUUGGAACGCGGCUGCGAUUGCUUCGAGGCCGAUCAUUUCCUAGCUUCCAAUUCCAAGUUCAAUACGAUCUCAGCCGUGAUUGUGAGCCCGGACGGUAUCGUGCACAUAGCAGACCAGGCAAACUAUAGAAUUCGAUCAGUCAUGGCCAGUAUACCUGACGCCAGUGGAUCGAGAGAGUAUGAGAUAUAUUCACCCGAUACGCAGGAAGUUUACGUUUUCAACAGAUUCGGUCAGCACAUCAUGACAAAGAACAUUCUGACCGGCGAAAAUAACUAUGUGUUCACUUACAACGUAAAUACCAGCAACGGCAAGUUGAGCACAGUUACCGACGCGGCCGGUAACAAAGUCUUCCUCUUACGUGAUUAUGCCAGCCAAGUCAAUUCGAUAGAGAACACCAAGGGACAGAAAUGCAGACUCAAAAUGUCCAGAAUGAAAAUGUUACAAGAAUUACGAACACCCGACAAUUUCAAUGUAACCUUCGACUAUCACGGUACCACUGGAUUACUUAAGGCUAAAUACGAUAGCACUGGACGUAGCUACAUCUACAAGUAUGAUGAGUUCGGUAGACUAACUUCAGCCGUUACCCCGACCGGCAGAAUCAUCAACUUGACCUUCGACCUGAGCCUUAAAGGCGCCACAGUUCUGGUGAGCGAAAACAAUAAGAGACCCAUUUCUAUUCUCAUUAAGGGUUCUUCUGUUAACACUAAGGUCGGAGAAGCAGAAAAGAAGACGAUCAUUUCUACGGACGGUAGCAUCUCCACCAGUAUGCCGUGGGGACAUGUCAUUUCAACGGACACAGUUCCGUACACAAUUCUCUCCGAAAUAGAUCCCAUUUUGGGCGAAAGCUACCCCGUGCCCGCGAAGCAGAGAACUGAAGUUGGCGGUGAUUUAGCAAACCGAUUUGAAUGGAGAUACUUCUUGCGCAGAUUGCAAUCUAACAAGGGAAAGAGCAGCAAAGCCGUGGCUCAGAUCGGUCGCAAGCUGAGAGUGAACGGUGAGAACCUUCUGACGCUCGAAUACGAUAGAGACUCCUCCACUGUAGCCGUGUUCAUGGAUGAUAAGGUGGAGUUACUGAACGUCACGUACGAUAGAACUGCGAGGCCCGUGAAGUGGGGACCGCGGAAUGGUAUCUUCGCCGAGGUUGAACUGGAGUAUGACAGAUUCAGCCGACUCACCAGUUGGAGAUGGGGCGAUCUAAAUGAAACCUACGGUUUCGACCGAGCUGGCCGAUUGCACGAGAUCAAAUACGGUGACGGGUCGUCCUUGGCCUAUUCCUUCAGGGACAUGUUUACAAGUCUUCCACUGAAGGUCACGACUCCUAGAGGCAGCGAUUAUCUGUUAGACUACGACGACUCUGGCGCGCUCCAGAACUUGACCACGCCAAGAGGACACAUCCACACCUUCGCACUGAUGACUUCGCUAGGCUAUUUCAAGUACCAAUAUUUCUCGCCGAUGAACAGACAUCCUUAUGAAAUCCUAUACAACGAUGACGGACACAUUUUGGCUAAGAUCUUCCCGCACCAAUCUGGUAAGAUAUUGUACGUGUACGACCAGGCGGGCAAGUUGGAGACGAUAUUGGCUGGCGCGUCCGCUAUCCGCUACGUGUACCACGAAAAUACUCACCUGGUGAAGAAUGUCGAAAUAACGGACCCCGAUUACGAUCUCAAACAGGACUAUAAGUACCACGCCGGCAUUCUCAAAGACGAGAAGAUGAAAUUCAACUCCAAGAGUGGCCUUAACAAUGCCCACUUCAAAUAUCAAUAUGAUGGCAACGCCAGGCUUUCAACGAUUGACGUUAACAUUAACAGCAAGGAAAUGCCCCAGUUGAGACUGAAGUACAACCAAAAUUUGGGUACCUUAGAAGGAGUAAGCGACUUGAGGAUCUACAGGAACACAUUCAAUCGAUCCGUCAUGCAAGACACGAGCAAGCAAUACUUCACCAUCACCGACUACGACGACCACGGCAGAAUAAAAACGGUGCUCAUGAAUAUUAAAUCAUUCGAUGUCUUCCGCCUCGAACUUGAAUACGAUGCCAGAAACAGAAUCAAGUCUAAAAAGAUGCUGAUCGGCGAUACGUCUUCCAGCGAACGAAUCAGUUACAACUUCGACGGACAUCUCAUGGAAGUGGUCGGCUCCGAAGACGAUUGGAAAUACGUUUACGAUGAGAACGGUAACGUCAUUGGUGUGAUCGAGCACGGAGAGAAACGGUACCUGGGCUACGAUAUCGGUGAUAGGGUCGUCCAGUACGGCGACAUUGAGUUCAGCAGCUACGACGGCCGAGGCUUCGUUAUUAGGAGGGGAGAACAGAAAUACCGCUACAAUUCCCGAGGACAGUUCGUGCAUGCCUUCGAAAGGGACAAAUUCCAGAUGUGGUACUACUACGAUAACAGAAACCGUCUGGUCGCCUGGAAGGACGAUAAGAAUAACGUCACCCAAUUCUUCUACACCAAUCCUCAAACUCCUAAUCUGAUCACACACAUGCACUAUCCUAAAACCGAGAAGACCGUGAGGUUCCUGUACGACCAGCGAAACUUCCUUACUUGCAUAGAAACGGAAGACCAGAGGUUCUAUGUUGCCACAGACCACAACGGCUCGCCGCUCGUAGUGUUCGACGUCAACGGUGAAAUCAUAAAAGAAAUCAAACGCAGCCCCUUCGGAAAGAUAAUCAAAGACACCAACCCCGGUUUCUACGUGCCCGUAGACUUCCACGGCGGUAUAUUUGAUUACAACACGAAUCUGGUAUAUCUCGACAACAGGCUGUACGACCCGAUAGUCGGGCAAUGGAUGACGCCGAGCUGGGAGCACCUGGCGACCAAACUCAGUCUUCCAACGGAUAUUUUUAUCUACAGAUUUAAGAACAACGAUCCGAUAAAUAAGAACCAGAACGUACCGUACAUGACGAACCUGGGCAGCUGGCUGGAACUGUACGGCUACGACUUGAGCAAGAUGAUGGGAUCGAGGUACAUCACCGACAUGAUCUUCCAACCGAUAACUUCCGUGACGGCGCCGCAUUUGGCGCCCGAUUUCGGUGUGAUGUCUGGUCUUCAGUGCAUCAUUGAGAAGGUGAACGACAAACUGUCGGACAUCGACUUCGUGCCGACGCCGCUCCUGAAGAUGGAGCCGAUCACGCGCAACCUGCUGCCGCGCGUGUCGUACAAGCGCGGCGUGUUCGGGUCCGGCGUGCUGAUCUCGCGCGUGGACGGCCGCGCCUACAUCAGCGUCGCCGACGGCGCCAAUAGCGUCGUCGAGGACGUCAUCACCACCGUCUUCAACAACUCUUACUUCCUCGACGUACACUUCAGCAUACACGAUCAGGACGUCUUCUACUUCGUCAAAGAUAAUUCGCUGAAGAUCAGAGAUGAUAUGGAGGAGCUGAGACGGUUGUCUGGGAAGUUCAACGUGUCGCAGGAUGAAACGAAUGAUCAAGGCUUAGAGGUUCGAGUGCACGCGGUGGGCAAAGGGUCGGCGCAAGCGGUGAUCGUGCUGCGCUACGGCGUGGAGCCGGCGGCGGAGCGGCUGAAGCUGCUGAAGCACGCGCACAAGCGGGCGGCGGCGCGCGCCUGGGAGCGCGAGAAGGCGCUGGUGGCGGCCGGCUGGGAGGGCCGCGGCGUCUGGACCGAGGAGGAGAAGGAGGAGCUCAUCUCGCACGGCGUCGUCGACGGCUGGGCCGCCAAGGACGUGCACUCCGUCUCCAGGUACCCGCAGCUGGCCGACGACCCCGCCAACAUCGUCUUCGUGCGCGACGGCCGGCGGAAACGGAGAAAGAGCGGCCGCUCGCGCCACCGCUCGUGAUCUGUCUGAACGUGCCAUAACUUGACUCCGUUUUGAAUUUGGAACGUUCCGGGUUCGAAACGGCUUUAGAUUUAUUUUUUAUAGGACUGAAGUUGUCGGCCUUUUGAGGAUGAGUUGUGAUGGAAGUGAUCGGGAUAGCGGGAUAUUGUGAAGAGAGUAGGACGGUUUGUGGAUCGAUCUGAUACGGGACGAUUACGUUUAUAGGCCAUAGUAGAGCGUUUCGUUACCCGCUUUGCGUACUUAGGCGAGUCAAUUAUUUUGAUCCCCUUAUUGUAGCUUAUUUUUAAUAUAUUUUCGCCCUAUACUCAUUCUCGGACUGAAAAUGAAUCUCACGAACAACUCUCACAGGGUACCGGGUCAUAAAGUUAACAUAAUAAUAAAGAUAUAAUAAUGAGCGAUGAACUGAACAUAAUAAACCAAAAUACUCAUACGAUCACAAUUUUUAACCCUUUUAAAGAUUAUUUUAGUAGUACCUACAUAUUUUUAUCGAUAUACUCUCGUCACUUAGAAUUAUUAUUUACACGAAAAUGUAGCCCUAUCACAUUGUAGCCAAAUAUCUCAUGCUAUCCAUACUGUAAUUUGGUUAAUUGUAAAUACUAUUUUUAUUAGUCUCGUAGUUGUUCCUUUAAAUAAUUAGACCUAAGGUCUUUUUUUACUUCGCAAUACUAUUACUAUUUAAGCAAUAUUUUAUACCUAAUGUUUUUUAUAAAAGCGCCUCUGACAUGAAAUCGAAUGACCCCAACAACGCUAGCUACUCCGCGCUAGAACCUCGUCGGUAGGGCGCGAUCGCACGAGCUACGUAGCGUGCCCCACUCGGAGAGACAGAGUUCUAACUAGCGUUACAGUAAUCCCAUUAGAAUGGCCUCAUACUACAUAGACAAAUAAAGUAAAUAUAAUAAUUUAAUUACAUAAAACGUUAAUACGUACUUCUGCAUGUGUUGUGCAAUAAAAAGGGUAGUUUUACAUGUAGAGGCUUCUUGCUGACUUAUCAUUCUACGCACGUUUCUAGAGACUGAGACUUAAUACUAUUUUUUUAUGUUUUUCGUUCACGGACUGCUCAAAAGCAAAACUCUAAACGGUCAGUCAUAUUUAUCCCUAUACACAAUAUUAUAUACCUUAUUAUUUAUUAUUGAAUUUAUCUUUUAUGAUGAAUUGUUUUUAUAAUAAGUUUAUAAAUUUAAUUAAUGCAGUUGCUGUCAAGCGUCAGUGUGUUUUUGGGCAGUCCAGUGUUCGAACUUGUGAUUUGUGAAUUCCUCUACAGUAAGUCAGCGAGCAAGGAGUAAUUUAUAACUGUAGUAAUAGUGUAUGUCCAUAAAUGUGAAUCAUUUAAAUUGUGGUGUCUACUCUGUGUUAGAGGUACUAAGUAGCUAGAUGACUGAGGUGAACGUAAAUAUUUGAUACAAAAAUUGUUACGGUGGGAACCACGGCACCCAGCGGCCGGACGGCCCAGCGUUGGUGAUAUUUUUGGAAUAUGUGACUAAAAAAGCAAUACGUCGUAAUGUAAUACGUCUUAUCAUUUAUUUAACUAUAAGGUGUAUUUUUAUUUAAAUUAAUUAAUAAUAAUGAAAUAUAUAUCUAUUGUGAAUGUAGUUAUUGAUUUCGCGGUGAUAUAAUACUAGAGCGGUAUAGUUCUUUUUUAUAAUGUAUAAAGAAUUCUAAUUUGUAAAUAGGUACUUAAAGUUGAGAUGUAAUCUGUAAAAAUAUUGUACAUAUCUUUACGCUUGGAAUUAUUUAUAAUUUACCCUCUAAGUUAGGAUAUGGUGUAAUAUAUCGGCAGAGAGGCUCUAGAAUCUACUCCACGGGCGACUGCGGCUCACUCGAAUGUAUCCACAUACAUGAUCUGUAAGAGCUGUUUCCCACUGACGUCCAGUUUUUUGCAGGAUCCAGUUUUCUGUAGUAUGCAUGCAGGAUCCCGCAAACAGAAUCCUCGUGUGAAAGUUACUAUAUUAGCACCUAUACUACUAAAACGGGAUCCUGCAAAAAACCGUACCCGCAAAAAACUGGACGUCAGUGGGAAACAGCUCUAAUAAUAACACUUGAUACUGACAAAGGCUCACACAUCACUAACUACAGAUGUGUUGCAUAAUUAUUUUCCAUCGUAUUUUCACGGAAACGUACGAACGUGUCUUGCUGUGUCAGUCAGUCUCGUAAAAUGUACUGAGGUUGACUGAAGUAGCGUGACAAAUACGAACGUUUCCGAGAAAGUACGAUGAACAAUAAUUAUGCACUAAAUCUGUACUAGAUCUAUUUAAAAUUACUAUUAAAACUGCAGUAUCAUGUUUUAUUAUUAUUAUAUGAUUUGUCGUUAGGACAAAUCGUUUUGCAAUAUCGCUAAAAUAAUUUUCAAUAGCGUCAAACAUCUAAUACAAGAAAUGUUUUAAAAAUACUUCAUUACUGGUCUUGAUAAUGUCAAAAGGUGGCACUGCAAUCUGCCGAACUGUAGACUGUCGAAAAAAUAAAUAAUAAUUAAUAAAACAAUCAAUAAGAAUCAUGGUAAAUCAUCAAACUUUGUUGCUACGAUGUUGGCGCAAAACCGCUUACUAAAAUAACUGUAGGUAUUUAGAGUCAGAGGCCCUACCGCAAAAAAAAGCGAAACCCAAGAUAUCUUUAUCUGCCGCUCUAUCACUCGAAUAAGCAAGAGCGAUAGAGAGGCAGAUAACGAAAUUUCGUUUUUCGUGGUAGGCCCUCAGUGCCCAGACUUAAGUAUGCAGGUGACAUGCCUACUUGCCUAAUAUGCUUGGAUACUUAAGGCAGGGCACUGCUUCUUAGUGCCACUUCCACCAUCCUUCUAACCUGGGGUUACGCGGUUAAACCGUUAACCCAGUGUCAAAUCAAAUUGUACUGGUAACCAUGGUACCAGGUUUAACCGGUUAACCGCGGGUUAGUGGAAUGGUGCAAUUGGCGCAAGUGGCGCUUACCAUCAUAACACAAUCAAAAUACACUGGAGUCAAUGUGUUUGCGGUUGACAUAUAUUUGCUGCUGAUUGUAAGACUGUAAUACAAACAACAAUAAUUCCGUUAGUACCAUACUUGUCAUAGUUACUUAAAUUAGAACAUCAUCAUUCCGAGGCCAUAAGGGUACCUUUCUACUGAGGCGGAGAUGAUAGGAGAUGUGAAAUCAGCAAUGGUUGUAAUCCAACGGAUCGGAGAAGAGACGUGGAUUAUUGGUGGGAAUCAGUCUCUAAUCUCCGUCUCAGUGGAAAGGCAACAUUAAUAUUGUUUACGGUUUCCGAAACAAAAUAACUUUGUAUUAGAAACUAUUCGUUUCCGAUUUGUCGUUUUGUACCGUUAUCAAUUAUCAUCAAUGUUUCUAAGCAAUAGACUCAGCUUCUAGAUGUAAUAGAGCGCUUCACAUAGUCGGGAGGCGUAGCAUAGUCCGGGAUCCGAACUGCAUUUACAUGUACUAUAGUAGACAAGCGUAGCCCCUUUAAGACUCUGGAUGUGUAAAGAGUUCCGUACUCGCUAGAAGUGCGUGCGUCAGCAUGUACAGUAAUAACAUAGAAAGUAUUCUAAUGGAAUAUGUAAUAAAAAUAUUAAAUUAUA